AUGACAGAGAUCCGCGAGGCCUUUAAAGUGUUCGACCGCGACGGGAAUGGGUUCAUUUCGAAGCAGGAGCUGGGCAUGGCCAUGCGCUCGCUGGGCUACAUGCCAAACGAGGUGGAGCUGGAAGUCAUAAUCCAGAGGCUGGACAUGGACGGCGACGGCCAAGUGGACUUCGAAGAAUUUGUUACUCUUCUGGGUCCAAAGCUGACGGCAGCCGGGAUGCCAGACAAGUUCCACGGCACCGACUUCGACUCGGUUUUUUGGAAGUGUGACAUGCAGAAGUUGACGGUGGAAGAGCUGAAGAGGCUUCUGUAUGACACCUUCUGUGAUCAUCUUUCCAUGAAAGACAUUGAGAACAUCAUUAUGACAGAGGAGAACCACAUAGAGAACCCAGAGGACUGCCAAGUGGAUAUUGACAGCUCCAGCCCCACGCAGCAAGUCAAGCAGACGUGCGUGAGGAAGAGCCUGAUAUGCGCCUUCGCCAUCGCCUUCAUCAUCAGCGUCAUGCUCAUCGCGGCCAAUCAGGUGCUGCGGAGCGGCAUGAAGUAG